CUCAUUCCAGAGGACCUGACCUUCUCUGUCCUUUUUACCAGCACCGUCACCUCUUCCCUCUUCUUCUCCGCCCUCUUCAAAUUGGUGCGAUUAGAAAGAACGCAAACUCGUCUGUAUCGGGUGGCAGUCCCGAGCCUACAAACAAGCACAACAACCCCGCGUAACCUUUCUCGUCCCCGUCACUUACUGUACCAUACCAUAGAAGCCGAGGGCGGCGUGCAACAACGAUGCCGCUCGCCGAUCAUCAGAAGGUGUCCCACUUCAUUGGGGGAAACUCGCUGGAGGCAGCGCCAGCGGGGACUGUGGCCGACUUUGUGCGCAAGAGCCAGGGCCACACCGUCAUCACAAAGGUCCUCAUCUGCAACAAUGGUAUUGCUGCCGUGAAGGAGAUCCGGUCCAUCCGGAAAUGGUCCUACGAGACCUUUGGUGAUGAGCGGGCCAUCGAGUUCAUCGUCAUGGCCACACCAGAGGACCUCAAGGUCAACGCCGACUAUAUUCGCAUGGCUGACCAGUACGUGGAGGUGCCCGGUGGAACGAACAACAACAACUACGCCAACGUCGACCUCAUCGUCGAUGUGGCCGAGAGGACGGGUGUGCAUGCCGUGUGGGCGGGAUGGGGACACGCGUCAGAGAAUCCGCGUUUGCCAGAGACACUGGCAGCCUCCAAGCAGAAGAUCAUUUUCAUCGGGCCUCCGGGCUCGGCGAUGCGCUCUCUCGGUGACAAGAUUUCGUCGACGAUCGUGGCGCAGCAUGCCGAUGUGCCCUGUAUGCCGUGGUCGGGUACAGGCAUCAAGGAGACGAUGAUGAGCGAACAGGGAUUCCUCACCGUCUCUGAUGAGGUCUAUCAGAAGGCAUGCAUCCACUCGGCAGAAGAGGGUCUCGAGAAGGCAGAGAUCAUUGGCUUCCCGGUCAUGAUCAAGGCCAGUGAAGGAGGCGGAGGAAAGGGCAUCCGAAUGUGUGGUAGUGCCCCCGACUUUAGGCAGCUCUACAAUGCCGUCCUGGGCGAGGUGCCCGGCUCGCCCGUCUUUGUCAUGAAGUUGGCAGGCAAGGCUCGCCACCUUGAGGUACAGCUCAUGGCCGACCAGUACGGCAAUGCCAUCAGCAUCUUUGGUCGUGACUGCUCGGUGCAACGCCGUCAUCAGAAGAUCAUCGAAGAGGCACCCGUCACCAUCGCCCCCGAUGCAGCCCGUGAAGAGAUGGAGCGUGCGGCCGUGAGACUGGCCAAGCUCGUUGGCUACGUCUCGGCUGGAACUGUAGAGUGGCUCUACUCGCCCGAGAACGACUCCUUUUCCUUCCUGGAGCUCAACCCGAGAUUGCAGGUUGAGCACCCGACGACGGAGAUGGUCUCCGGUGUCAACAUUCCCGCUGCCCAGCUCCAGGUCGCCAUGGGUAUUCCCCUUUACCGCAUUCGUGACAUCCGAACACUCUACGGCAUGGACCCUCGCGGCGCUGAGAUGAUCGACUUUGACUUUGAGGACCCGGCUAGCCUGCAGAAGCAGCGCAAGCCCCAGCCCAAAGGUCACGUCAUUGCCUGUCGAAUCACUUCAGAGAACCCAGAGACUGGCUUCAAGCCGGGCAUGGGCGCCCUUUCUGACCUCAACUUCCGCUCUUCGACUUCGACCUGGGGUUACUUCUCCGUCGGCCAGUCUGGUGCGCUUCACGAGUUUGCCGACUCGCAAUUCGGCCACGUCUUUGCAUACGGCCUGUCGAGGCAAGAGGCGCGUCAGAACAUGGUUGUCUCGCUCAAGGAGCUUUCUAUUCGUGGAGACUUCCGUACCAUUGUCGAGUAUCUCAUCAUGCUCCUCGAAAAGCCGGCCUUUGAGCAGAACCAGUUCUCGACCGCCUGGCUCGACGGCCUCAUCAAGGAUCGUGUCUCGAGCGACAAGCCUCCACUCCAGAUUGCCGUCAUUUGCGGCGCCGUCGUCAAGGCUCACCUGCGAAGUCAAGAGUGCGAAGCUCUGUAUAUGAGCAUCCUCAACAAGGGCCAGGUCCCUCCACGGGAUACUGUCAAGACAACGUUCAGCGGCAUCACGUUUAUUAUCGACGGCGUCAAAUACUCCGUCACCUGCUCGCGCUCGUCGGCCUCUGGCUGGACCGUGUAUCUCAACGGCGCUCGGACGCAGGUGGCGACGAGGUCCCUGACCGACGGCGGUAUGCUCAUCGGUCUCUCCGGUCGCUCGCACCCAACCUACUGGCGCGAAGAGGCCGGAGGAGCUUCUCUGCGACUUAUGGUCGACAGCCGUACCGCACUGCUCGAGGAGGAGACGGAUCCUUCGCAAAUCCGAAGCCCGUCUCCUGGAAAGCUCGUCAGCCUCCUCGUUCCUUCUGGCUCUCAUGUGGAAGCCGGACAGGCCAUCGCCGAGCUUGAGGUCAUGAAGAUGUACAUGCCACUGACCACUGCUGAGUCCGGUGUUGUCAACUUCCUUGCUUCGCCCGGCACACCCGUUGCUGCCGGUGACCAUCUGGCUAUCCUUUCCCUCGACGACCCUUCCAAAGUCAUGCGUGCCAAACCUUUCGACGGACAGCUGCCCGACGCCGGAUUGCCCAUCGUCAUUGGCUCAAAGCCUCACCAGCGCUUCCAAUACGUCCUCUCUGUCCUCAACGAUGUUCUCGACGGCUUCGACCAGAGCGUACAGAUGCAGGCUUGCCUCACCGAGCUCGUCGAGCUGCUCAAUAAUGUCGAGACGCCUUACGGCCAGGCCCUCCAAGCGCUCUCCUCGCUUUCCGGCCGCGUUCCUUCGAGGCUGGAGGAGCUGCUGCGAACGACAAUUGACGCGGCACAAGGAAAAGGUCAGGAGUUCCCAGCGGCGAGGUUGCGCAAGCUGAUCGACAACUACAUUCGAGACUCUGUCGAUCCCGCCGUCAGGCUCCAGGUUCAGACCACACUGACUCCGCUGACCACCCUAUUCGAAGAGUACGCGCCUGGCCUAAAGCAGCACUCCGCUAAUGUGUUGGCCGGCUUGCUCGAGAAGUAUUACGAUGUCGAAUCACCCUUCACCGGCGAGGCUGAUGUGAUUUUGACGAUGCGCCAAGAGGCCGACUCGCUCGACAAGGUUGUGGCCCAGCAGAUCUCCCACAAUGGUGUCCUUCUCAAGAACGCCCUCGUCAUCUCAAUUCUGAACCAAGACACUGUCAAGCGGUCUGCCGGUCUAAGCGACGCCACUAAGGUCAACGUCGCCCUGCAGAAGUUGGCUUCGCUUGAGGGCAAGGCCACGGCUCCCGUGGCACUCAAAGCUCGCGAAGUGUCAAUCUCUCGCGACCUGCCCAGCCUCAAGGACCGAAAGCGUCAGAUGGAGUCAAUCCUCAAGGCCUCGGUCAUGUCUUCGAUCUACGGAGGUGACAGCGAGUACCACGAGCCGUCGCUAAACACACUGAGGGAGCUGAGCGACAGCCAGUACACCGUCUACGACGUCUUGCACUCGUUCUUUGACUCAAGUGUACCAUCGCACGUUGCCUUUGCAGCACUCGUCACCUACGUCCUCCGUGCAUACAGAGCGUACGAUGUGGUCAAUUUCGACUAUGCCGUGGAGGACUUUGACGCCGAUGAGCGCGCGGUGCUCAAAUGGCAGUUUCGCCUCUUGGCAUCGCGCCAGCAAGCCGAACGUCAGGCUUCCGACGGCGACCUCGUCGCCCAGGGCAAGAAGUCGGACGCCAACAAUGUCCAGAGUGGACUGCGUCAGGGUGUCAUGACGAGCUGUGCCACCUUUGAAGAUCUCGGCGACGUCAUCCCGCGUGCGCUGCGCUUCUUCGACAAGAGCCCUCCGACCAACAUUGUCAACAUCGCCGUCACGGGCGAGGCCUCGACGACGGAUGUAGAGGCCAGGGGCGAGUUUGUCAAGUGGACCAACAAGUUUGCAGACCAGCUCGAAGCUGCAGGCGUUCGUAGAAUCACGUUCCUCCACUGCCAGCCUGGCAUCUACCCCUGGUUCACAACGCUCCGAGCUGGUCCUUCGCAGUGGACUGAGGAAAAGGCUAUUCGAAACAUCGAGCCUGCCUUGGCCUAUCAGCUGGAGCUUGAUCGCAUGACGACCAACUUCGACAUUACACCCGUGCCCGUUUCCUCGUCGACGAUUCAUCUCUACUUUGCCCGUGGUAUUGCCAACCCAGCCGACACCCGCUUCUUCGUCCGUUCGCUGGUCCGGCCCGGACGCAUCCAGACCGGGAACCAGGCUGAGUACAUCAUUUCAGCCUCGGACCGCAUCGUUAACGACAUUCUUAACACGCUCGAGGUCGCCAUGGCUCAGCCAGAAUACCGCAACGCAGACGCUUCGCACAUUUUCAUGUCAUUCAUCUACCAGCUCGACAUCACCAUUGACGAUGUUCAGAAGGCGUUGGCUGGUUUCAUUGAUCGUCACGGCCUUCGUCUGUUCCGCCUUCGCAUCACAGCCGCCGAGAUUCGACUGGUUCUGAAGGGCAAGAGGGAGCCUCAGCAGAUUCGCGCCUUCAUCACCAACGAGACAGGUCUCGUCGUCCGUUACGAGGCCUACGAGGAAGUUGCAGCGCAAGAUGGAUCGGUGCUUCUCAGCAACAUUGCCGGUCCUUCUGCUCCAGCCCCUCUUCACAUGCAGAGCGCUCAUGCUCCCUACGCCACAAAGGUCGCCCUCCAGUCGCGUCGGUCGCGCGCCCAUGCGCUCCAGACGACGUUCUGCUAUGACUUCAUCGACGUGCUGCGCCAGUCGCUGCGCGCCAACUGGAAGAAAGCUGCCUCCAAGCACCCCUCUGACCCGAUCCGGUCGCUGCAGGAGCUCGUCUUUGAUGAGAAGGAGUCGCUGCGCCCCGUCAAGCGUGCACCGGGCAUGAACAAGAUCGGCAUGGUGGCCUGGCUCGUCGAUCUCCUCACACCGGAGUAUCCCGCCGGUCGUCAAAUUAUUGUGAUUGCCAAUGACGUGACGAUCCAGGCUGGUUCCUUUGGGCCGGCCGAGGACCGCUUCUUCGCUGCAGCUUCACGGAUGGCCCGACAGAUGGGCAUCCCUAGGCUGUACAUCUCGGCAAACUCGGGCGCGAGGAUUGGAUUGGCAACGGAGGUCAUGGACCUUUUCAAGGCCAAAUUUGUCGACGAUGAUCCCGUCAAAGGUUUCCAGUACCUCUACCUCGACCAGCAAGGCUACGACGCUCUCGAGGCAAAGGCGAGCGGCUCUGUGUACACGCAGCAGACCAAAGCAGAAGACGGUUCUGUGCACCACGUCAUCACCGACAUCAUUGGUCUUCAGGAUGGCCUUGGUGUUGAAUGCCUCUCGGGUUCAGGCCUGAUUGCAGGCGAGACGAGCCGUGCCAAGGAGGAGAUCUUUACCACCACCAUCGUCACAGGUCGCUCGGUCGGUAUCGGCGCCUACCUCGCUCGUCUAGGCGAGCGCGUGAUCCAGGUGGAAGGCUCGCCAAUGAUCUUGACUGGCUAUCAGGCCCUCAACAAGCUUCUUGGUCGCGAAGUCUACACGAGCAACCUGCAGCUGGGCGGUCCGCAGAUCAUGUACCGCAACGGUGUUUCGCAUCUCGUGGCCAAGGACGAUCUGGCCGCCAUGACCAGCUUUGUCCGAUGGUUGUCCUUCGUCCCAAGCACCCGUCAUGCGGCUCUGCCCAAGCUCGUCUCGUCGGACUCGUGGGACCGUACGGUCGGCUUCGCUCCUCCCGCCGGACCCUACGACCCUCGUUGCCUCAUCGAAGGUCAGGCAGACGUCACCGGUCUCUUUGACAAGGGAUCGUGGCAAGAGACGCUUGGCGGCUGGGCAACUUCGGUCGUUGUGGGAAGGGCACGCCUGGGCGGCAUUCCCAUUGGAGUGAUUGCUGUCGAGACACGCACCUUGGAACGCGUGCUUCCCGCCGACCCGGCCAACCCCAACUCGCAGGAGCAGCGCAUCAUGGAAGCUGGACAGGUGUGGUACCCCAACUCGGCCUACAAGACGGCCCAAGCCAUUGUCGACUUUAACCGCGAGGGCCUGCCGCUCAUGAUUCUGGCCAACUGGCGUGGCUUCUCGGGUGGACAGGAGGACAUGUUCCAGCAGAUUCUCAAGUACGGCUCCAUGAUUGUCGAUGGGUUGUCUGCAUACCGUAGACCCGUCUUCGUUUACUUGCCUCCCAAGGCCGAGCUCCGAGGCGGUGCCUGGGUCGUUGUCGACCGCACCAUCAACGAGAACGGCAUGAUGGAAAUGUACGCCGACCCGUCGUCUCGUGGAGGUGUCUUGGAGCCCGAGGGAAUCGUCAGUGUCAAGUACCGGCAGGACAAGCAGCGCGAGACGAUGCGUAGGCUGGACCCCGUCUACGCCAAGCUGGCAGCGCAGGAGGACCGGCGCGGAAUGGCCGAGCGCGAAAAGGCCAUCGCACCAAUUUUCUCCUCUGUCGCCGUUGCAUAUGCCGAUCUGCACGACCGCACGGGCCGCAUGUCGGCCGUCGGCGUCAUUCGCCAGGCAGUCGAGUGGAAAGAGGCCCGACGCUUCUUUUACCAGCGUCUCCAACGCAGGCUCGUCGAAGAGGCUGCUCUGGACAGCAUCUCCACGACGGACAAGAACGAGGCACGCACGGUUCUGGAAGAGAUCCUUGGGGUGGGCCUCGACGAUGCAGAUGACGCAACGAUGGCCAAAUUGAUUCAGGACAAGAGCAAGGCGCUUGCACAGAUUGUCCAAGAGAGACAGAGGCAGGCGGCUGCUGAUCAAAUCACUCAGCUGGCCGCCACUCUGGACCCCGAGACGAGGAAGGUGCUCUUGGCCAGCCUUCAGUGAUUGAUCUCCUUUUAGACUAUUUCUUAUGUAAAUACUUCGAGACUGGCUAGCUUGAAAUGGAAAGACUAUACUACUUUCGA